CUCAGGGCCUGGCUGGUUCCCGCCCCAGGCCGUCCCUCUCCUUUGCGCCCCAGCUGCUUCUGCUGAGGGCGGAGGCUCCAUGUUGUCCCCUCAGCGAGCGGUAGCGGCUGCCUCGGGAGGAGCAGGUGAUACCAUGGAGCACAAAAAGCCUGGUCCAGUGCAGGUUGUUUGUGUUCAGAAAGACCAGCAUUCGUUUGAACUAGAAGAGAAAGCCUUGGCCAGCGUCCUGUUGCAGGACCACAUCCGAGAUCUUGAUGUGGUGGUGCUGUCAGUGGCUGGUGCCUUCCGAAAGGGCAAGUCCUUCUUUCUGGACUUCAUGCUACGAUACUUAUAUUUUCAGAAGGAAGGUGGCCAUUCUAGUUGGUUGGGGGACUCAGAAGAACCAUUAAUGGGAUUUUCAUGGCGAGGAGGCUCUGACCCAGAAACCACUGGGAUUCAGAUCUGGAGUGAAGUUUUCACUGUGGAGAAGCCAGGUGGAAAAAAGGUUGCAGUUAUUCUGAUGGACACCCAGGGGGCAUUCGACAGCCAGUCAACGGUGAAAGAUUGUGCCACCAUCUUUGCUCUAAGCACCAUGACUAGUUCUGUUCAGAUUUACAAUUUGUCCCAGAACAUUCAGGAAGACGAUCUUCAACAGCUGCAGCUCUUCACAGAAUAUGGUCGUCUGGCAAUGGAUGAAAUUUCCCAAAAACCCUUCCAGACAUUGAUGUUUUUGGUUCGAGACUGGAGUUUCCCUUACGAAUACAACUAUGGCUUACAGGGAGGAAUGGCAUUUUUGGAUAAGCGUCUACAGGUGAAGGAACAUCAACAUGAGGAAAUUCAGAAUGUUCGAAAUCACAUCCACUCGUGUUUUUCCAGUGUUAACUGUUUUCUCCUACCACACCCAGGACUCCAGGUGGCCACAAGCCCCGACUUUGAUGGGAAAUUGAAAGAUAUUGCCAGUGAAUUCAAAGACCAGUUACAGGUACUGAUACCAUUUGUAUUAGACCCAUCUAACUUAAUGGAAAAGGAGAUCAAUGGCUCAAAAGUCACCUGUCGAGGACUGCUGGAGUAUUUUAAGGCAUAUAUUAAAAUUUACCAAGGAGAAGAUCUGCCUCACCCCAAAUCCAUGCUUCAGGCCACUGCUGAAGCCAACAAUUUAGCAGCUGCAGCCUCUGCCAAGGACAUUUAUUAUAACCACAUGGAAGAGGUUUGUGGGGGAGAGAAGCCUUAUUUGUGUCCAGACAUUCUAGAGGAGAAGCACUGUGAAUUCAAACAACUUGCUCUGGACCAUUUUAAGAAGACCAAGAAGAUGGGUGGGAAGGAUUUCAGCCUUCGUUACCAGGGGGAGCUGGAGGAGGAAAUCAAGGAACUUUAUGAGAGCUUCAUCAAGCACAACGCUAGCAAGAAUGUCUUCAGCACCUUCCGCACCCCCGCCGUGCUGUUCACGGGCAUUGUAGCUUUAUACAUUGCCUCAGCCUUCACUCACUUUGUUGGUCUCGAGGCUGUGGCCCAGCUGUUCAACUGUAUGGUUGGACUGCUAUUAAUAGCACUGCUUACCUGGGGUUACAUCAGGUAUUCUGGUGAAUAUCGUGAGCUGGGUGGAGCUAUCGAUAACGGUGCAUCGUACGUAUUAGAGCAGGCUACUUCUUACAUGUGUAACUCCACUCAGGCGGCUUUGAGGGGUGCAGCUGUUGGGAACCAACCGGUGGAUAAAAAAGCUCAAUAACAUCUUAACCGUGAAGAUCCAGCAAGAACCCGACCAGCCCCUACCGAUCUCUGGGUUUCUGCCACGGCCACAGGUCCAGUUCCAGAGGAGAUGGCGGAUGUGAGACCAUCCGGGAAGAGCUGAAACACGGCAGUAUAAUAAAUGAAACAGAUCUCUCCUGUGGUUUCGAAUUCUUACACACUUCCAUUUCUCUUGGAAGCCUUGCUUUCCUUGCUCUGUAGACCCAAGGCUAUGUCUGUUUUUUUUUCUACUCUCUACUUUGUGCACUUUAUGGAGAAAAAGUUAAAGGAGAAAAUGUAAUGCAGCUUUAAGUCAUUUAUGUGCCACUUAGUGCCUUUUAGGAUUGCAUCCAUGAUUUUGUGGACACGAUGGGGGAGGGAAUGGACGAUAACCUCGAGACAGAUGCCAUUUUGGGGUGAAACUUAACCAGUUCUUUUAUACCUUACUCUUUUGAGUAGGAUUCCUUUUAUUAAGGCUUACCAAACUUGCAAAAGGUUCAGAAAUAAAGACUGGCAGAAAACAAUGCCACUAAACUUUAAAAAUCUUAAUUAUAUUAUUAGAAAAUCCUAUUUGCCGUAUAGUAUGGAAAAAUCCUAUAAACAUACCGCACUCUGGAAUUUGAGGCCUUUUACCUGGCAGGCUGAAUGUUACGUUGCAGCACGCUCUGUCUUUCGCCUUCAUUCUUGUAGCUUCAUUCUAGAAACGGCGGCAGACAGGCCUGUAAAAGCUAGAGUGGCUCAUAAUAAAAGGAAUGAGCUGGAUGUUUUGAGAAAAAAGCCUGAGUUUAAAUGAACCACGUGACCUCUGAUAUGUCACUCGAACUUGUGCCUUGGUCAGAUUCACUGUUUGUAGGUUUGUAUAUGUCUGUAGGUUAUACGUGACUUUCACACACAAAUUGUCACUUGAGAGUUUUUUUUUUUUGAGAAUUCUGCAUAAGGACCUGUUAAGGAUUAGAGGAAAAACAUUACCAAACAUUACUGCCUUUAAUUGAUGAUACAUUUCAUCUGGCAUAGCAGUAGUUCAGGUCUUUGUCCACAAUGUUUAUUUGCACUGUCCUGUGCACUAUCUAAUAUAUUUUUAAUAAGUAAGCUCUAAUUGUCAAUUUUAUUUAGUAGAUCUUCCUUUAUUUAACUUUUCAUGUCACUAGUCUGGUAGCUUUAAGAUAGCUUUGGCUUAGUAAGGACCAAAGUCCUACCCAAAUACAGACAACGUAUAGAAAUACCUAAGAAUUCUUUUUUGUUUGAUUGUGUUAUGAAAAUUUUUUAUCUGAUUGUCUUUUUUUUUGAUAUGUAAUGGUGAAUUAUUAUGGGUUUUAAAACCAGCUUGUAUUUAUACAAACAUUCAGGUGUAUGAACCCUAAUUUUUCAAGAUAAUUUAAUAAUUUUUAUUGUAGGAGAGAGAGAGGAAGACUUAAGUAAAAUCGGAGUGUAAAUUUUAUCCACGUGAAGUAUGCAUGGGAGGUAGGGGAAAAGUCUCCUUUAGCGUGUCAUCGCUUUAUCAUUUUCUUUUGACCACCUUAACCUAUUACCUCGAAAGUGUUUUUAUAAGUCCUGAAUUAAUUCCAAGCAUUCUGUAUGUUUUUUCAUAUUUGCAUACCACCUUGUCAUGAAGUGCAUGUUAUUUUAUUCACUUGCCCAUUAAAUCUGAGCAAAAUUAGUCUUAUUCUAAGAACUGUUACUUACUUACCAAUGAUGCUAAGCUUUGACUGUUAAAUUGAAAGUUUGCUUCUAAGAUUUUAUGCAUUUUCAGGUGGCUUCAUCUUACUAGUAGGCCUUACAGAUGUUUAAAUACCUAGCUUUUUAAGUGUAUUUUACAAGCAAAUUUAUAGAUUUCAGGAUAAUUAACUGUCAAAAGCAGUUCUACUUUUACGGGUGAGAAAAGAUAAGUCCAAAAUGCGUUCUAAUACUGAAGUAUUGGCCUUUUUAAAAAUAUGUGACAAUGUAUGAUUUAAUUAAGUCUUAGGAUUUCGCUACUGUUCAGUUUUAUCAUUCCUCUUUUGGUCUUACAAAGGCGUGACCUUGCUUUAAUCACCCUGGGGAAGCCUUAUUUUUUGUCUUUACCUGCCUCUGGAAACUUCAGAAGGCUGUUACGGUAAGGGUUCUUAGGAACUUCUUUGGCCUUUCUUCUCCUUUAACAAUAAAUUGAUGGUUUUAUAUCAACUUUUUUUUUUUUUUUUUUUUAAAUAAGAGAUGCCUUCUCAUUGCUGGCUAUGAGUAGUCAUGGGGAUAUUUAUAGCCAGGUUGAAGAGAAUGUCCUUUACUUUUUAACUUCCCACAGCCUUUAGUUUGUGGGGAGGGACAUUACUUAGGAGCGCAGAUGUGAGUGAUGGGUCAGUGUUUGUUGCCCUGCCACUUCUGGUG